AACUAUUGAGUUGCAACAGAGUCACCAGCAGACGAGAGGAGCAGUGCAAUAAGAUCGCAAUCCUAAUGCAAACCUUUCAUUUAACCAUUACAUCUCACGUGCAUGGAUUUCAUUCGCAAUUAAAACGAAGGACCUGGUUUCUGCAUUCAUUUUGAGACUUUUAAAGACAGAUUUCAUUGCUUUUAACAAGUUUUCAUUUCAUUGACUCGAGCACUGAAGAUGCGCAACAGAAUGACGGAGCUUUCUCUACGGAAAAUACACACUUUGGAUGUUUUCGUAUGUGUGGCUUUUGUUUCUUUGGCUUAUUCUUUCAACAUUGACUUAGAACAUCCAGUGGUGUUCCGCGGGCCAGAAGGGACGUUUUUUGGAUAUUCAGUCCUGGAGCACGUCCACGAUAACUCACGCUGGAUUGUGGUUGGGGCUCCCAAAGCGAACUCAUCUUUCAGCAGUUCGGUUCGGUCACCCGGUGCCGUGUACAAAUGCAGGAUCCGGAAUAAUCCGGAGCAGCGCUGUACUGAGAUGGACAUGGGCAGAGGAAAUAAACAGAGAGAGUCUUGUGGGAAGACGUGUCAAGGUGACAGGAGCGAUGAGUGGAUGGGGGUCAGUUUAGCACGACAGGACAAACCCGAUGGCAAGAUUCUGGCCUGCGCUCAUCGCUGGAAGAAUGUGUAUUAUGAAUCUGAGUAUAUUCUCCCUCACGGUUACUGCUCCAUCAUCCCACCAACACUGCAGGGCAAAGCACAGGCCCUUAUACCGUGUUACGAAGACCAUAAGAAGACCUAUGGGGAAGAACACGGCUCGUGCCAAGCCGGAAUCGCAGGCGUUUUCACUGAGGAGUUGGUGGUCAUGGGUGCACCAGGGUCUUACUAUUGGACUGGAACCGUCAAAAUAUUUAACAUGACAUCGAAUACGCACUACAACCUAAAUCAAGAUGAACUGAGCCGCACGAGAUACAGUUACCUCGGUUAUGCAGUGACUGCUGGACAUUUUUCCUCACCGACUGCAAUAGACGUGGCGGCUGGCGCGCCUCAGGAUAGUGGUGGUGGAAAGGUGUACAUCUUCAGAAUUGAAGGAAUGUCUCUUGUGAAGACCUUCCAAGCCUCAGGGAAAAUGAUGGGCUCUUACUUUGGCUCCUCAUUGUGUGCAGUUGACCUGAACGCAGACGGACUGUCAGACCUGCUGGUGGGAGCGCCCAUGCACAGCGAGAUCAGGGAUGAAGGCCAAGUUUCUGUUUACCUCAGCAGGGGCAAUGGAGUGAUGGAGGAAGUUGAGAUUUUGAAGGGUGACAACGCUUACAAUGGCCACUUUGGCGAAUGCAUCGCUUCUCUUGGGGACAUUGAUGAUGAUGGAUAUCAAGAUGUGGCAAUAGGAGCUCCUAAAGAAGAUGACUAUAGUGGAGCUGUUUAUAUCUACCAUGGUGAUGCUACAGGAAUAGUUAACAAAUACUCAAUGAGAUUGUCUGGGAGAAGCAUCAACCCCACCCUCCAAAUGUUCGGCCAAUCAAUUUCCGGCAAUGUAGACAUGGAUGGGAAUGGAUAUCCAGAUGUAACAAUAGGGGCGUUCAUGGCUGACAGUGUGUUGUUGUUAAGGUCUCGGCCGGUGAUCACGGUGGAUGUUUCUAUCUUCCUGCCCGUCUCCAUCAAUAUCACGGUACCGCAGUGUCACGAAGGACCUCAGAAUCUCAACUGCUUCAACGUCACCGUCUGCAUGAGUUUUCAUGGGAAACAUGUGCCUGGACACAUAGAGUUGUCGUACAACCUAACAGCAGAUUCAGAUAAGAGACGCAAAGGUUUGCCGCCCCGGGUGUAUUUCACAAACGGUGGAGAGCAGACAGGCGUUGUCAGUCAGCGUUUCAGCCUGGAAAUCAACCGACAGCAGUGCCAUCAGUACACAUCAUUCGUGAGGAAAGAGGUAAAGGAUGUGUUCGCACCAAUCGUGUUCGAGGCUGCAUACAGUUUAGGAAAACACAUUCUGGAUGGACAACAGGACCGUGAUCUUCCUUCUUUAACUCCUGUUCUGCGCUGGAAGAAAGGAGAAAAGAUUGCCGCACGGAAUGAGACGUGGUUUGAGAAGAACUGUCUGUCGGAGGAUUGUGCCGCCGAUCUGAAGCUUCAUGGGAAAGUUCUUCUCUCUGGGCGUUAUGUAGGAAGUCAUCUUGCACUCGGUGGAGUGAAAAAUGUCUCAUUAAAUUUAACCAUCUCUAAUGCUGGUGAUGAUGCCUACGAUACCAACAUCUACUUAAACUUCUCCAGAGAGGUCCACUACAUCAACUACGUACAAGGAGAAGAGAAGGGAAUCUCAUGUGUACUGGUAGAACUGGACUUCCUCAAAUGCAGUGUGGGAUUUCCUUUCAUGAGAGCGCAGACGAAGUAUCAUCUGUCAGUGCUUUUCGACACAAGUCAUCUAUCUGGUGAAAAUGAAACACUUGUAUUUUUAGUACACGCUAAAAGUGCUAAUCCAGAGCAUGACAGCAAACUCCACGACAACACAUUGGAACUGUCCAUACCACUGAUACAUGAAGUGGACACGACCAUCACCGGUGUGGUGAACCCGACAUCUUUUGUAUAUGGAAAUUCGAUUGACCCGUCACGCUUCGUUCAUCUGGCCGAUCUGGACUGCAGCUUUCAGCCUCUCAAUUUCACUUUUCAGGUGAUAAACAACGGACCGAGCAGACUUCCAGGCUCCACUGUGGACAUAAGGAUACCAAACCGACUGACUGGCAGUGGAGCUGAUAUGUUUCAUAUCAUUGACACACAAGUAUCCGAAGGUCGAGGAAACUGCACGUGGCACAAGAACCCAACACCCUGCACCAUCCCACAAGACAAGGAGAACAUCUUCCAUACCAUCUUUGCCUUCUUCACCAAAUCUGGCAGAAAAGUUUUGGACUGUGACCGGCCUGGCAGAGCCUGUUUGACUAUUUCAUGCGGUCUGAGCUCUCAAGCUAAAGAAGAAACCACAAGUAUUGAUGUGCAAAUGCUACUGAACACUGAAAUAUUACAAAGGGACAGCUCAUCUGUGAUCCAGUUUGUGAUACGAGGUCACGUCCAGCUGGACAACAGAGCUAUAGAGGUGUCCAAUGGACUGCCUGAGGAGAUUUCUCUGUUGUUUGAGGCUCUCCACAGUCAGGAACCCAGAGGUUAUGUGGUGGGAUGGAUCAUUGCCAUCAGCCUGCUGAUCGGGAUCCUCAUCUUCCUUCUGCUCGCUGUGCUGCUCUGGAAGAUGGGGUUCUUCAGAAGACAUUACAGAGAGAUCAUCGAAGCGGAGAAGAACAGGAAGGACAGUGAUGAAAGCUGGGAUUGGGUCCAGAAGAGUCAAUGAGAGCUUAAAUUGGGUCCAGAAGAGCCGAUGAUAGCUUGGAUCGGGUUUCGAACAAUCCAGUAAGCUGCUAACUUCAUCACGGCUAUCUCCUAAGACCCGACCCUCCAGCCUUCCAUAUGUGGAAGAAAAAAUAUUCUCCAGAUUUUUCGGAGGUUUGACACUUUUCUUGUGGAUGGUGAUGUAGCUAACGCUUGAGGUGACAGUGUGACCUGCCAAAAAAAGAAAGACUUGCAGUGGAAUUCCAUUGAUCCCAGUGGGAAAUGCCUCUUGCCAAAGGGUAUGAAGAGAUGGAACGCGAGGAAUAAAGAGACUUCCUGGAAAGGAUGUGGAUAUUGUGUCAAUACUAGCAGACAAUUCAAACCCUCAGGGCGCUGUUGAAAAGCAAAAAUCUUUUAUUUUUUAUAAGAUGUAUUAGAAGAGCUUCAAGAGGUUUUUAACGCACUGAUGACUGAAACACACACACACACACACCGAGUUGAUGAUGUUUUUUUUUUUUGUGCACAUCAGUAUAAUGAAGUUGGUUUUCAGAUGAAGUCUUUCAAGUUCUCAUUUUAAUUUUCAGAGAAUACAAAGCAAACUCUGAAUUACAGAAUGCUGUAGAAACCAGUUAUCCCAAACUUUUAUUAAACAACUUAAAAUAUGAUCAUAACUGCUCAUUAGCUGCCAUAAUUCUCAUCUUUUUUAAAUAUUUAAAUCACAGCUUAGAGGAUUUUUACAGCACUGGAAUAGAUGCAGGUUAUUUUUAAAGAAAAAAAGUCAUUUUUAGUCUAUGUAAUCUUUCAGCAUAAUGUAAUAACUCACUCCACCAUUUAGACAAUUCUUCGUUUUCAGCCCCUCCCUUAUGAGCACAUGUUAGGAUGACAUCACUUUUCAUAAUCCAAACAAUUCAAAUUCUGUCCUAAUCUGUUGGAAAUUUAAAAUACAGUAUUAACUUUAUUGCUUUCUGAAUAUAUUGACUUCAAGAUUUCAGAAACAUUUGUACCACCAUGCAUGUCUUCUACUUUAUACAAAUCCCAUGACACCGUGUUUCGUAAGGUUCAGACCGCAUGAACCCAGUCUUCGCAGGUUUUAACUGUGCAGUAUGUAAUGGUCUAAAUAUAGGUGGGAAUGUUCAUUACUUCAUUGGGCACAAACCCAUGUUUUAGGACUUGAGGGAAAAUCUUGGUUUACGUCAACAUUUUGGAUCUUACCGAGCUAAACUUGCAUCUUUUUUAUUUUAAAGAGUUUGUUCAAAAGUGAAAUAUUUUUGCAGUUUACUAAACGAUCACCAGACAAGUAUUGACAUUUUGGAUCAUCUUCAUCUACAGACUUGCUUGUAUUUUGUUUGAUCAGUUAUUAUCACCACUGGCAUGGUAAAGCCAUUCCAUGCCCCCUUCCCAAUCCCAACACCAGUUUCCUUCAUAGAUGUGACACAUACUUGACAUUAUAAGUGUAACAACUGUGAGUGUCAAAUGUUACAAUUAUCACCUAUUUUGAUCAUUUUAGAAUAUACUACUGUCACUGAAUUUCAGUUUUAUAAAUGUAUUAAGAAAUAUGUUUGUUGUACAAGCUCAAGCUGUAUAUUUAUCUACUGAAACUGCCUUUUUAAAAUUAAAACUCACAAACAGA